AUGACCGGCGGUACUAACGGUGCCAUAAGGGAUGCGAAGGGUGUGGGUCUGCUUAGGGAUUGGAGCUUUGCGCGCGAAGAUCGGGUUAUCGCUCCUCUAGAUGACGGCACCGUUUGCGUCUGGGAUAUGAAUUAUUCUCAUUCGAGUUGUGCAAAGUCACAGAAAGGUAAAAUUACCGGGAUGAGCAGCCCGGGCAUUCUGCUCACAGAUAUGUCCAAGCGAAAUGAUAAGACGGCUCCUCUGGAGUUUCUGAAUGUGGGCGAGUGUGUUACUGUAGAUUCGAUGCGGAGACGAGCGUAUAUUGCCGUAGGCAAUAUCCUCAACGAGGUUGACCUAGAAACUCUACGAGUCGUCCAUCAACAGCGAUAUGCUUGGUCGAUAUUUGCUUUAUCGCAGGAAACAGAUUAUUCGGUUCCAUUAACAUUAGCUACGACAUUGAGCCUCCAGAUUUAUGAUGCUCGACUGUCUUCACCCGAAGAAGAGGCGGAAAUCAGUCUUCGAUGUGAAAGGAUGCCCGCGCAAUAUAUACCAAAAUCUAAUCUUUACAGCCACCCGGAUUGUCAAGUCCUGCAGCUGCUUCCAAAUGGGCAACUACCUCAGCGCAUUCGGAGCCCCGACCCGCAUCAGAAAGGUGCGGACUAUGCCCCAUUAUUCCAGCCCGGGCCGUUGUCAAUAUUACAUCCUCCAACUCCACAUGUCAACACUAUUCUUUUGGCAGGAAGGUUUCCCAGUAUACUCUGUUACGACCGGCGGACCUUUCCAAAAAUACAAUCUGCUAUUCACUCUGGUGGUCGGUUAUGUGGGCUUGCAUCAGUCCCAGCUCCAAGAUUUCCUGUCUCCUCGAAUUUCGAUUGGCAGGUGAAGCACACAGUUGUGGCAUGUGGUGAAUAUAAUGGUCGAGGUUCUUUGGAGCUAUAUGAUUUGAACUUUCAUGGGUCUGAUCCUCAAGAUGAAAACAGCGAAUCACAUAUGCAAUCCGCCCGCUAUCAAAACCGUCAGAGCGCAGCAAGUUCCAAGGUGUUAUCUGUUGCGUCCCACGGCGCUCGUAUUGUAUUUUCGGAUUCAAACGGCGAUAUUAAAUGGGUAGAACGUGAUGGACGAACCCCGGUUCGACGGCAUUGGAAUAUCAACAUAAGCAGACGGCAGUCCAAAAUAGCUGCUCCGGGUAAUAACAUCGACGAGUCGGAUCAAGUCCGAGGACUAUUUUUCACUUCAGAUACCAGUAUGAGGAACGAUGUGGUUCGCAAAAUACUUCCUACGGACGCCAACUUAAAUGGAGAUGAACUUUUACUAUGGACAGAAGAUCGUAUAGGACGUCUGCGCUUCUCGAACGAUCCGGAUGAGGAUACUGACGACGAGAUCCAUGAUCGAAUGUCCCUUGAUGGCAAGCUCGUCGACGCUCAAGGGAGGCCGCGGAACGCCGAGAACAAGAAUAUGCCCGUCACAUACGUAGGGCACUUGAACGACAAGCGGAUGAGCGGCUACGUCUGCGCUCCAAUUCUCCCCUCGCACGCCGACAAACUCCUCCUCCCACAAAUGGUUAUCAACAACGCCGACCCCCUCAUCACAGCAUACACUAUAUCCAUUGACUCCAACGACCCUUCCGUAACAACCGGAAUAUCCGCACACGAUCGUGCAUUGACAUGUCGACAACUAGCAGACCCAAACAUUAAAUCAGAGAACUUCCGACGACCGGGUCAUAUACUACCCCUCCGCGCCAGGGAAGGUGGCGUUCGGGAACGACGAGGUCAUACGGAGGCUGCAAUUGAUCUGUGUCGGUUGGCCGGUCGGAGUCUGGCGGGCGUUAUUGGUGAGCUAGUUGAGGAAGGUGACAUCGUUGAAGGUGUGGCUGAGGUUAAGGGAAAUAAUGGCAUGAUGAGGAGGGAUGCCUGUCUGAAAUUUGGGAAGAGGUUUGGAUUGAAGGUUACGACGAUUGAGGAUAUGGUUGCGUAUCUCGACAAGUUGGAUCCGAAUAGGAGGUUUGAUUUUGUUAAUGGGAAGGCUUGA